GCUCGUCAGAAGAAAUGGUUUCCCAUGUUUCCUCCACGAAGUAACGACAAACCCAGUUUACGAAACAGUCACCCGCAGCUCCACCGCACAAAAAGGCUAGGAGCCUUACUCCGGUUACUUCAACCCAAACCAUGGGAUGGAACGUCAUGAGGACACGGGUAUAAACGAGCAAGAUCCAGGAUCAUCCGCCUCCGAUGCAUCAACUAUCUCUUGCCCAAACUCGCCUACACGAAGUUCCCGUGGAGCAGGCAUCGCUGACAAGGGCUCCAUAGAAGAGUUAGCCGAGAUCCAGGAGGAGCUCCAGAACGUGCUUGAAUAUGUCGACCACGGGAUGAUUCUCAAGAGUUUCGAGGCCCUCAGUAGGCUGACCGAUAUUGCUGUCGCCAAUUGCGAAAAUCUCGGGCUGGCCUCGGAUAGUGCUUCAAUCGGCCAAAAGGCAGGGUUCUGGACUGGGCUCAACAACUGCUGGCUCUUUGCUAUUUCGCAUUACGGAAAUGCGAGGUCUGAGGACCAACGUUUACAAGAACCACAUCUGCAUCAUCUCUACAACAGCGUCAAGACCUGGGCUGAUGCUCUCGAAAAGUAUGGCCUUGUCAAUUAUGAGCUCGGUUUUUGGGAGCAGGAUAUUCUCGAAACCAUUGAGGUUUGUUUGAUCAACGCGAUCGUCGAUGUUCCACCCAUUGCGGUCAUGGAUCCGGAUGAAGACGAGGAAGACGACGACGGGGAUCAAGAUAAAGACGAAAAAUAAAAAAAAAGCAGCUCACGAGCAUAUUUAGGGAAUUGUU